CAACAGGCAGGCAAGCAGUACGCGUGUCCAAAGCAAUAACCAUCAAAUGGAGGAUUGAUUAACAACAAUCCUUACCUUUCUUCCUUCCAACCUUACUCGAAUCAUUCGUGCCCAACAUGGAAGAGAUUGGCAUUUCUAUUCGCAAAGAAGAGCCAACAUUUGAAGAUGCAGUGGCUGAAAAGACUGCAUUGCACAAUGAAAUGGCACAGGAAGAGGAUACAUUCUUACGAUUCAAGAAGCUACAACAACAUCUUGAAUUCUUGAGCACGAUGGAGGAUUAUGUCAAAGAUGAACAGAGAAAUUUAAAAAGAGAGCUCGUACGAGCACAAGAAGAAGUAAAGAGAAUUCAAUCUGUUCCAUUGGUCAUUGGACAAUUCUUGGAACCUAUCGAUCAACAUACAGGUAUCGUCGGAUCAACAACGGGAUCCAAUUACGUCGUCCGCAUCCUUUCAACAAUCGAUCGUGAACUUCUCAAAGCAAACAGUUCCGUAGCACUACAUAGACACUCCAACAGUUUGGUUGAUGUUCUACCGCCAGAAGCUGAUUCAAGUAUCGCACUUUUAGGCCAAGAAGAAAAACCUACAGAGACAUACGCCGACAUUGGUGGUCUGGAUAUCCAGAAGCAAGAAAUUCGUGAGGCUGUAGAGUUGCCAUUGGUACAAUUUGAUCUGUAUCGACAGAUUGGUAUCGAUCCGCCUCGUGGUGUGUUGCUAUAUGGACCUCCGGGAACAGGAAAGACAAUGUUGGUCAAAGCUGUUGCAAACGCCACAACAGCUUCCUUUAUUCGUGUGGUAGGAUCAGAAUUUGUACAAAAGUAUCUUGGUGAAGGGCCACGUAUGGUCAGAGAUGUUUUCCGAUUGGCAAGAGAGAACGCACCAGCAAUCAUUUUCAUUGACGAAAUUGACGCAAUUGCAACCAAACGUUUCGAUGCACAAACAGGUGCCGAUCGCGAAGUUCAACGUAUUCUGCUCGAAUUGCUCAACCAAAUGGACGGUUUCGACCAAGGCAGUAACGUCAAAGUGAUCAUGGCAACCAACCGUGCCGAUACACUUGAUCCCGCCCUUCUCCGUCCAGGUCGUUUGGACAGAAAGAUUGAAUUCCCACUACCUUCUCGACGUGAGAAACGUCUAAUCUUCCAAACGAUCACAGGAAAGAUGAAUCUGGCACCCGAUGUGGACUUAGAAGAUUAUGUGUCAAGACCUGAUAAACUUUCCAGUGCGGAAAUUUCUUCCAUCUGUCAAGCUGCCGGACUGCGUGCAGUUCGAUCGACGAGAUACGUUAUCAUUCCUUCUGACUUUGAAGAUGCUUGGAAGCAAGUAGUCAAGAGAAGUGAUGAUGGAAAGAUGGAGUUCUACACUUGAGCUCUGACGACAGAAUAUGUAUUGUACUUAGACGCAUCGAAUAUAUCUUAUCAGCACUAUCGAUUUGUGAGAAGAGAGUAGAUUUCCCCAUUCCCCCUUCACCCGCUUAAAAUUCACUUUGCUUCAGCGUAGCCAUCACCCCACUCGCUGUAGCUUGCAAACGAGCGGUAGAUUGAACAAAAGGCCGCUUACUCACGGCGGCGGGUAUUCGAUCCCGUUGACCGUCCUAUGUUUUGCUCUUUUGUGCCCACAUAUUCUGUACAUUAUCAAUUUUCAAUUAAUCAUUUUCAAG